CAACUGGCAGAAAAAAAAAAAAAAGAAAAACCUCAGACAUGGAUGACCCACUCACAAAAUGGCUCCACUUACACAGUAACAUCAACAACACGGCUGGAACGGACGUAGUGGACUCGAGCGAGUGGUGACGGUAUAAAAAUGAUGGAAAAACGGCAGCCGGAGCUUUGUCCUGGAAGUCCUGAUGCAGAGUCCGGUCCUGUAAAGCGAGAGGACUCCUCCAUCAUCUCCAGACAGAACGGAUGCAAGGAGGACGAGGAGUCGAGGAGAGAGGGGGGGGAGAAGGAGAAGGGAGGGCGCUUCAAGGGGGUUGAGGAGACGGAUGACGUUCCUCUGCAGAACUCGAGCAACGGGACCAGCAUCAGCAUCAUCAUCAACGGCGUUGCCAAGGAAACUGCCUCUCACAACGCCCUUGACCUGAAAAGGGAAGUGCCGGUGAUCGAGCUCUCCAGGAGGGACGCUAUAAAAGCGCUGGAGCAGAGGACUGAAAGCCAUUUGGUGCCGAUCACGGAACUUCGCAGACCUCCACCGCUGCCGCUGCCGCCGCCGCAACGAGACGACGCUCGAAUGGUCCAACUGAGCCCAAACGCGUUCCCUGUCCCGGCCCGGGCGAUGCUCUACAACCUGGCGCAGCCUCUCGCCGCCAUCAACAGGUACCCGGCGCCUUAUGAGGUUGAACUCGACGAGGGUAGGCGCAUUUUAGAUCUUUAUAAGUAUGCUGGCCAGCCAAAGAUUGUGCGACGUAUCUUCACUAACAGUCGUGAACGCUGGCGACAGCAGAAUGUAAAUGGGGCAUUUGCAGAGCUUCGCAAACUCAUCCCCACUCACCCCCCAGACAAGAAGCUGAGCAAGAAUGAGAUCCUGCGGCUUGCUAUGAAGUACAUCAGCUUCCUCUCCAACCUCCUGGAGGACCAGGAUGGAGGGAGGAAUGUUGGCAGCACAACUGAUGGGGAAACAGGGCUGCUGGUUGGGGCCCAUGAGGGGGGCCCACAGGGUGGACCACAUCAGGACACAGUUGUGGGCUUGGCCAGGGACGAUCUUCUGGAAACAAUGUCACCGGGUUCCAGCUGUGGAAGCCUGCCUGAUGGCGAUGCCGAGGGCAGUCCUGAGAGCUUCAUGGAGGACCAGGACUCACCUCCUGCUCCAAGGACUCUAACAGCUUCACGCGGGCCCCCGCUUCAUCUAGCUUCUAGGGAUCUCAGGCGCAAUGGACGCCCUUUAGAUGGCUCCAGUCGCCGAUGAUGCUGAUGCCAAAAGACACGGACACAAGACCUGAGACUGAAAGAGAACAUUGAGAGGAACUGGAAAGGAGAUGGAUAUGCUCAGGACCUGUUAGCUUUGAGUUGUCAGUGUAGGAAGGAGAAUCAAUCUCUGUGAAGAGAGAUAGUGUUGUCCAAACUGGAUCAUGAGUACGUUCCUGUCUUCGCGCUACACCUGAGGCAGCACUGAUGAAUUGCUUGGUUUGAUUGGUGAUCGGUUGAAUUUGAUCCGACAAAAGACUUGUAAAUUCUGCAUGUCUCAUGUCUUUGACUGAUCUGCGGAUUAUAACUUUUCUGUGUUUUCCAAAGUCCAAAGACAGGAUAUUCUAAAUAAUUAAAACAGAGAAAAAGGAAAACAAGACCAAACCAAACCAAAAAUCAAUCAAGAGAUUGAAGUUUUGGCCAAUGCUUCACUAAUGAUACUAUUGAUUACAUUGUGGUGCAGUCAGAAUAAAUCCAAUAUGCUUGCAGAGUGCUGCAAGUAAAUGGUCCUAAAACAUCAAUGAAUAAACCCAGUGGAUUUAAGCCCAACAAAUUUGAUGUGUCAGAAUAAUGACACAAAAGUAAAUUUGCCUCAGUUGGAGGCCGUAAAUAAAUCGACCAGACUCUAUUGUACCCAUGCAGUUGCGUAUGUAUUGUAAAUAGCAUUAUAUUUCCACUGCACAGUGUAACAACAGUGACUCGAGUUCAAGUCAUGUGGUUUAAGAUGUACCAUAGUGUGUUUGUCAAUGGGUUUACUAGCAAAAUGGUCUUUUAGGAGACGUGAAAUGAGGAAGAGGAGAGAAGAGAUGAGAUGAACUCAAAAGGUAAAGCAAGCAACUGAUCAUAGUACAUCAAAUGUGGUACCAUUUACUUCUGUUACACACUUUGGUGAUGAGAAAAUUACACCAAAUACGGCAACAGACAGUCAAACAGUUUCACUGCCUGGAAUGAAUAUAUCUAUUUGAAAUUGCUGUGGAGGUACAAGACAUGCAGUGUUUCUUAAAGUGUACAAAAUAUGGGUCGUAUGAUAACAUGAAGUGACUCAUGCAGUCCUUUUGAUAUGAAUGUUUCAGUGUUUUUUUAACUGUAAUGCAGUUGUAGUUUAGUAAGGUACACAAAUAAAUCCCUUCAUUGCCGCAUUUCACAUAUACACAUAGAGACGUGGACACACACACACACACAAUCAAUCACACAUACACAUGCACACACUACACACAGUGUUAAUAUCAUAAUAACACCAGCAGUUUUCUGACAAAUGCAGUUAAGUAUUGCUCACUGUUGUUGGUUAUUCUGCUUUUUCAGCAGGACCUAGUAGCCUAUAUUGGUACCUUUGGUAACUAUGGUAUUUUAUGAAUUGCAGUAAAGGGACAUUGUACGUUUGGUAAUGACAUAUUUGUUGUAUGAUAGCUGUAUCUAUAAAUAUAUCCAAUGUUAAAUCAAUGAAUUUUAUACAAAACCCUUGAAUAAAACACGCAGAGGAAAAGCC